AUGAACAUUUUAAUGAAAAAAACUUGCACUAAUUUAAAGAAUUUGGUAGGUACUGUAUUUAUACGAAAUGCAAAACGAACUCCCAAAAUGCAGACGGCUAACACUCAUCUGAAAAAUGAAGCUAAUAGGAUAGUGUGGUGUGAUUUGGAAAUGACUGGUUUGGACAUUGAGAAGGAUCAAAUCUUGGAGAUUGCUUGUUUAGUCAGUGAUGCUGAACUUAAUGUAGUAGCUAUGGGCCCUGAUAUAGUAAUACGUCAGCCUGAUCAUGUUUUAAAUGCUAUGGGAGAAUGGUGUUCCAAUCAUCACGGUGAGAGUGGCCUUACUAAAGCAAGCCGUGAAUCAAGAAUAAGCUUAAAAGAAGCUGAAGACCAAGUAUUAAACUUCAUUACUCAGCAUGUACCUGAAAAACGGUGUCCACUGGGGGGCAAUAGUGUUUAUAUGGAUCGUCUUUUUUUAAGAAAAUAUAUGCCUCGAAUUGAUCAAUAUCUUCAUUAUAGGAUAAUUGAUGUGAGCUCCGUUAAGGAAAUAGUUAAACGGUGGCACCCUAAGGAGUACUCUAAUAUACCAGAGAAAAAGUUUUCACAUCGUAGUAUGGAUGAUAUUCUGGAGAGCAUAGAUGAAUUAAGAUAUUAUAAGAAUAAUAUUUUUAAACAAUAA